UGUUAUUAAUUUAUGUAAACUAACAAUUCACAAUAUUUAUCUUUUAUUUUUAUAUUUUUAUCUACCAUCAAGAUAACAAUAAUUUGAACUCAUAACAACAUAUACAAUGACUACUGAGGAAUCAGAAAUGAAUUUAGAGACAAUAGAUGCGACUCCAUCUACAAGCUUGAGAUCAGCAGAGGAACGGAGGAGAGAUCUUUUACAAAAAUUGUGGUCAAAAUAUCCCACAGUUGAAGAGGACCCAAGCUUUCCCUUUAAUCCGCCAUCGCAACCUUCUUCGGCGUCAAACUCGGAAACAAUUGAAGAACUUACACUUCAAACCCGAUUAGGAAACACUGAUUGGUGUCAAUGUGGUAAUUGUCUGGCUAUGCCCACAGGAAGAGAGUCUUUAUGCUGCAAAGAAAUCGCUAAUGUAAAAGAAAAUAUUGAAGAGGGUACAGUCUGUAUAACCCAAUCUCCCAUUUUUCAAAGUUCGGUUGUAAACAGACUGAAUACAACAGUAAUAUUGACUAUUCUACACCAAUCAACAUCGCAUGCACCAAAUGCAGAUGACAAUAGAAACUUGCGUAAAACGUCAUAUAAAUAUUUCACAUCCUGGAUACACGGUUAUCUCGGAAAAGGUAAUCUAAGACCCAUACCUUCCUGUGCAGUUCAUGCAGUAAGAACAGCUUUUCCUGAUCCCGAAGGCCUAUACGUUGGCUUUAAAUAUUCAAAUGACUACGACGCAGGGGAAAUGGCAUUUGAGUUUUAA